CUUUCCAUGUUAUGUUGCCCUUGUGCUUUCCUUUUUCAUCGCCAGUGUCAGCGCAGUUUCGCAGUUGCGUAGUUACUCGCGAGCGUUCCUGCGUUACCUUUUCUUCUUUUUUUUUAAAUCAUUUUUUAAAUCAGUUGAGCGGAACGUACAACUGGAAAAAGGAAAUGCUUUUAAAAGCUAUUGAAACGAAGCUUUGCGCGCAAGGAGAACUUCCUCCCCGCGGGCUCGUUUUUUCCACAGGGAAAACAUAUAAACUUAUGUAAGCGUGAAUACAUACGUAUAUAUGUAUGCAUAUAUAUAUGUACAUAUGCAUACGUGCCUAUGCCUGCGUAUAGGCUGAAUGUUUGCCUACCCCCGUAGCAUGGCAUAAAGGGUUGCUUUACGAAGUGAGGCAGAAGAAGGCGGGCGAAGCAGUUGCGAGGAAGCUGUUAACGCGAAUUAGUCGCGACGAAGCGGGCGGAACGAAGCGGCCCUAGAGCAUAGCGUACGCAAAUAGCACUCCGCGGCCACCGCGUACAGUUCUUAAUAGGCAUUAUGUGACGACCCUUUUAGCUGACGAACAUGCUCGCGUCCCUCCACCAUCUACUUCUUCAUCCAUGCACCAGUCAGAGCGACAACUAACUGGUAAGCACUUGCGAAUUCGAAGGAAGAGGAGCGAAUCCCCCCCGUUUUGUGGAAACUUCACAAAAUAAGGAGCGCCAAAAAAAAAAAAAAAAAAGGAAGUGAAAAAACUACCAAUAAGUAGAGGGGCACACCGGGAAAAAGGGUAACACCAAAACGUAGGCACACAACACAAAAUGAAUAAAAAGGUGCACGAUAUGGACAAAAGUAAAGGGCAAAAAAAACUGCAGAAGGAUGUAAGAAGUUCGGACUUUAAGAAAACGGGAAAGAUCUUCAAAUACGAGAAGAACGACUUAAAGAAAAGGAGCUUCGGCGUUAACAAGAACUGGAAAAGUAAAAUCAACAAUACGUACGGAAGAGAGGAAAAGAAAGGGAGCAGCAAACGAUUUAAUAGUAACAACCAUGGAACAGGCAAUUAUUCCAGUGGAGGGGGGAGGAACUCCACUCCUCCGAUGAACAAUAGGAAACCUGUAUGUGACUUUGAGAACCUCGUUGACGACGUUGUGGAAAAUAAAAUAAGCUUAAAAAAAACGGAUGAGCAGUUUAUUGCCAACUUGAAGAAGUUAUACAGCGUAAACCACGUCUGGUUCUCCUUAAAAAAAAACCUGGAACAUAUUGUAUCGAAAUAUGUUUUGAAAAAAGGGAAAAAGAAUCUCCAGUACGAUAAUGUAAAUUUCUAUUUGAGGAAGAUGCGGAGGAGGCAGAGAAAAAGGGGGAAGACGACAGAAAAUGAGAACCAAAAUGAGAACCAAAAUGAGGAAGAAGCCCCUGGUAGUGAGAACGACGAGCAGAAGUACCACCAACUGGCGAAGAACCAACAUAAUAAAAUGCUUUUGCUAACCCCGGAGGAUAUGAUCUUCCAGCUUGAUGAGGAGGCCAAAGAAAUUUCCCUAAACAGCAAAAUGUGGAAAAGUAAAAUAAAGCAGCUAUUGAAAAAGAAAAUAUCCGCCAAUGAGGAAAAGAAAAAUGCUGCCAAUGCUAAUGAGGAUGAUUUUGCGGAGAAGUCCCGGACGAUCGAUUAUUGCGAUGUGCCAGUUUGCCUGCGAAGGUUGUACGAGCUUGGAAACGAGUAUAAAGAUAGCGGCAACUACGGCGUUGGUGGGAAUAAUGCCAGUAGUGGAGGCAGCCCCAGUAGUUACCACCACCGAGGGGGCAAAAUAAAGCUCAAACUGCUGCUAAAAAGGAAGGUAAACAUGAGCAGCGUGUAUAACCUGCUCUACGACAUUGGCCUAAACCUAAUGUGCGAAUACUACAAAAUUUACGUGGAAAAGUAUUCAGAAGAUGAGGAAAAGAUCCACCUGGAAAUUAUCCACAACAAGAGCAAUAUCUUUACCGAUCGAAUUAACAACAUGGUUGUGCUGUUUAAGAAAAACCCACUAGUGUACAUCCUGUAUGUAAAAAUUUUGCUAGAUUAUUACAAAAUGAGGGAAGACGUAUUCAUUAGGAAAUCCAUUUUGGAGUGCUUAAAACAUGUGUUCAUGUUUAUUUUGCCAAGUGAGAGCUUAGAAACUUUGGAGGAGAAUAACAGAGCGGUUGUUAAUUACAUUUUAAAUGUCCUAUUUAACCGAUUCAACUUUAAAGAUUAUAAUUUCUCUUCCUUUUAUUUCUUCCUAAAUUCGUUACUCUACAUAUACGCCCUUGAAAAUUUCACGAAAAAGCUGUACCUACAGUACAUUUUCAUUUUGAAAAAUGCCAUGUACAGCUCAAUACCGAGUAUCUUCUUCGUGUCAGCGAAUAAUAUAAAAGAAUUUUGUUUAAAAAAAAGGGAGAAUAAAUUCGCAAAUCUGAACAUCCUUCUCGAGGGGUACUUAUCAAUUACCAAGGGAAAUCCGCUCCUUCUAAAUAUCCUCAAACGUUUAAUAACCAUGGAAAAUAUGCAACACUAUAUCGUUUUUUACCUCUUCGAAGAGGUAUUAUCCAAUUUAAGAUGCUGCGUGGAGAAAAUCAUGCAAUCUUUAAAAAAUGGAGACAGGGAAAAUGUAUUAAAUGAAAAGUUGAAGAACGAAAUUGUCAACAUGAACAGGUCAUUAUUCAUUUUGUACAAAAUUAAGAGCAACUCUUUUAAUGACAUUACGGAAAAUAUCAUCUACUUUGCUACCUACAUUUUUGAGAUGUUCUCGAAGAACGUUUUCGAGCUUUUCGAUAAGAGGAAUAUCCUGCUCAAGGAAUGGAGCAUAGACAAAAUGAGCUACAUUAAAUAUACCUCUGUAGAGGGGGAAAGUUGCGAAAGUGGGAAAGCGCCAAAGGAUGACUCUAAAUGCGCUGCUGGUGGGAACCUGCGGGAGGACCAACCAGUGUAUGGCAUUUGCCAGGUGGCCCCCCACAACUUAUCUCGAACGGGCCAACUGGAAAAAAGAGCCCCAACGAAUGGAGAAUUCUCCACCAAGGAGGAAGAGUCCAACUGGAGCAAUGGAAGCACCACGAAGCUUGUGGGCGUGCCUAGCAACAGCCAGUCCGCGCACAGCGAUAAUUCCUCGGCCAUCGGCGCGAGUACUAGAGAGACGAACGUGAUCAGCGGGGAGGAGUUCCGCGAAGGCAGUGAAGACCCCCUUGGAGGGGGGGACCAAAUGGGGAAGGAAGUCCAAAAUGGAGCCCCCAAUGGAGCUUCAAAUGGAACCCAAGUGGCUGCCCAAACGGCUGCCCAAACGGCUGCCCAUUGUGGACCCCCCAAUAGGCCCCCCCGCGGAGGCAAACACCCUGAGCGCCCCAAAAAAACGGCGGACGACGGCUCCUUCCACAAGCACUGCCUGUACGGAUACCUGAGCAAAACUAUUCUGAAGGUGCUUUCCAGUAUCCUGGUGAACAACAUCUACUUCAUCAUUUACAACCGGUGCAUUCUGCUGAAAAAUCAGAGCAGCUCCGGAGGGGGAAGCGAGAAGGCAGCGGAGGAGAAGUACCUGCACAGCUUAAACAUUCUCUCCUUGUUAAAAAUAAUAAAAAGUGUGGAGUCCUACAAAAUAAAAAUUAAUUUCCUCACCAUCAUGUUCCUGCUUUUGUAUUCAUCCAACCAGAUUGACGAUAAUAUCUACUGCUACUUCUAUAGCAUUUUAAGAAAUUCAAAUUAUUACGAAAGUGAUCACACGUACAAUUUCUACGGGCUGCUAACAGUGCUAAUACUUACGGACAGAAAUUUAAUAAGAAAUGUUAGUUUUAUAAAAAGAAUUUUUCAACACAGCAUUCAUUCGAAGGAACCAUGGACCCAGUUGUUCUCCCUGAUGAUGAUACGCUAUUUAGUUUUAAAAAAAAACAUCCUCAUGAAAUUUUUGUUUAACGAUGAAAAUAGCUUAUUUGCACAAAAUUUAGAUAAUGCCAAAAAUGCCUACUUGGUAAAGUUUCACAAAUACCAUAAAGGGGAAAAAAAUCCAACCGUCAAUGAUGAGAUGUUCCUUUACAAUAAAUCUGUAAAUAAUCCGCUGGACUCCAAUUCUAUACUAACCCACUUUUAUGAGUUUUAUAAUUUUUCUUCCCUGCUGAACGACAAUUUUAUGAAUGUCCUCUUCGAAUUUAGGAACAUAACAAUUUUUAAUUAUAAUUUUAUUCAGAUGAACAAAUUUAGUGUUUACAAAAGUGGCUUCGCGAAUAAAACCUUCCUGCGAAGUAAUCCCCUUUUGGGCGAGCCAGGGCGGGCAAGCGGCCCAACCGUGAGUGGCGGCGCGGCGAGUGAAGACAAAUUAGACGCGAAUGAGGGCGGUUCCUUUGAAAAAAACCCGCCCGAGGGGAAAAACGCAGACGAGAAGGCUCCUCUUCAAAAUGGCAAUGACGACGACGAUGAUGACGAUAUAGUAAUCAACGUCAAGACCAAUCGGCAGUGGAGGAACACCCAAAUGAGUGGCACCGCGAACGGCUUAGUCCCCAGCGUGCGCGCUCCGAUCCCCCCCCCACCAAUCAUGAACGAAACGACGAUUAACAACAAAGCAGGUAAUUGGUCCCAAUUAUCCGCGAAGCAACGCCCUCCAGAACCACCCCCCAGUGUACACGAUUCGUCUUUUACCUAUCCAUAUGCGUACCGCUACGAAACGAAGGACGUCAUUAACAUCCUAGAUAAGUUAUCACUAGAAUACAAAAGCGCCCAGGAACAAGUGAACAUGCUCAACAUUUUUAACAAUUUUAUGCACGACUCGUGUAUCAACGAGAAAAGAGAAAAAAACGAGCCAGUGAAAACGCAGGGAAUGUUUAAAUUAAUGAAAAACCCAUACCAGAAAUAUUUUUACGACAUUCUGAAUGCAUAUAAUAAUAAUAGUUUUAAAAAAUUUAAGGAUAAAUAUCAAGUGAGAAGGAAGAAACGCGUAGAUGAUGUGAGUGGUGCUCGGGGAACUUCCGAAGAGGAUGAUGAUUCCACGGGGUCAGUCCUGGAUGAGGAACAGGAGGAAGACGAAUUUUUGGAUGAUUACAUAAACAAAAAUUUUGACGUAGGCAGAGACCUGGACGAUGAUGUGUUUUUGCCUGACCAGAUGAAACAAAAAAAAAAAAGGAAAAAAAGUGAACAAGAUCAUUUUUCCAAGGACAAAAAUUUUAAGAAUAUUUCCAAAAAGAAAAAGGAGCAGCAAGCUGACGCUCCUACGGAUGACGUGAUGGAAUUUUCAGAUUUCGCCAAGCUGAAAAGGAAGAAGAAGAAAAAGAGCGACUAAAUUAAUUCCCCCACGUCAUGCGUGGCCCCCUCAUUUGUCUAGCAGGUGCUUACGUAUGCACGUACUGAUGUGUAUAUAUACAUGCGUGUGUAACACAUUCACCUACCUAUGCACACAUAAGCACCCCUUCCCUGUGUGCCUUUUUUCCCGAAAUGGCAGAUUAAACGGGGAAUGCUCUUAACCCGCCUCCAACGGGUGGAUCAUUUCUUUGCUAAAUUUGUUGGCGCUUCGCCUUGCGCCGUUUGUUUUUCGUGCGUCACGUCGCAGCUGUGUGUUGCAGCUGUGCGUUGCAGUUAUAUGUUGUAGCUGUAUGUUAUAGCUGCACGUUGUGACCGUACGUUGCGAUCAUAUGUGCAAUAUCUUUUGGGGGCGUUUUGUCGCCCCAUUUUUUCCUCCCUUUUGCCCAUUUUUCCCUCCUUUUUGCCCCAUUUUGUCACAUUUUGCCCUGUCUACCCCCCACUCAACAAUUGUAAAACGCGCACCCCGCCGCGUCCCACGCAAGGGAAACACCUCUUCACCUGAACUCUUUGUUUAACCCCCUCUUUUUAAAAUUUCGCACAAAAUAACCACAUUUCGCAUGUCACAAAAAGGUGGAACUUUCAUUUUUGAUGCACUUUUAUGCAAAAAAAAAAACAAAGGAAAAAGGGAGUGAUGCAAAGAUGUGCUUUAAUAUGUAACAUUUAAUAUGUAACAUUUAAUAUGUAAUAUUUAAUAUGUAAUAUUUAAUAUGUAAUAUUUAAUUUUUAACAUUUAAUUUUCAACAUUUAAUGAUUAACAUUUAGU